UAUUCAUUGCUAGUCGUCGACAAAUUCUCAUACGUUAAGGUCGCCGGUGUGGCCAUCAAUAAAGUUCAAACAUUCGGUUGCACGGUAUAAUAAAAUAAAAGAAAAUUGGUUAUGGAUCCCAUGAAGGUGGAAGUUAAAGAAAUUGAAAGUCUUUUCAAUUUGGAUCCAUAUUUGAAACCCUUCGAAAGGGAAAUACGUCGCAGACAUGGUGUUUUUCAGGACUGGGUUGGAAAAAUUGAAAAGUUAGAAGGUGGCAUGGAAACAUUUAGUCAAGGUUAUAAAUACUUUGGUUUACACUUUUUGCCCGACAACUCGGUGGUGGCUCGUGAAUGGGCUCCUGGAGCUAAAGAUGUUUAUCUUACCGGCGAUUUUAACAAUUGGCAAUGGGAAGCAACACCAUACAAAAAACUUGAUUUUGGUAAAUGGGAACUGCACUUACCUGCCAAUCCUGAUGGUUCGGCACCUAUUAAACAUUUGAGUGAGGUCAAAGUAAUUGUGCGUAAUCAAGCUGGUCAUCUUCUGGAUCGUUUAUCGCCCUGGGCCGUCUAUGUUAAACAGCCACCCAAAGAAGCCAAUCAAGGUGUAAAUUUCAAGCAAUAUGUUUGGAAUCCACCAGAGAACGAACGUUACCAUUUUCAGUAUCCCAAGGCAAAAAAACCAAAGUCUAUGCGAAUCUAUGAAUGUCACGUUGGAAUAGCUUCUCAGGAACCUUGUGUUGGAUCCUAUGACAAUUUUGCCAACAAUAUUAUACCGCGCAUUAAGAAGCAGGGCUACAAUGCCAUACAGGUUAUGGCUAUAAUGGAACAUGCCUACUACGCUAGUUUUGGUUAUCAAGUAACUAGUUUCUUUGCUGCCUCCAGCCGUUAUGGUACACCUGAGCAGUUGAAACGCAUGAUCGAUGUGGCCCAUUCCCAUGGUUUAUAUGUGCUACUUGAUGUCGUGCACUCACAUGCCAGCAAAAAUGUCCAAGAUGGUUUGAAUCAAUUUGAUGGCACCAACGCGUGUUACUUCCACGAUGGCAGUCGUGGUGAACAUACCUUGUGGGACAGUCGCCUAUUCAACUAUAUGGAAUAUGAAGUUCUGAGAUUCCUUUUGUCAAAUUUGAGAUGGUGGCAUGAUGAGUAUAAAUUUGAUGGCUAUAGGUUUGAUGGCGUUACAUCUAUGUUGUAUCACUCUCGUGGCAUUGGCGAGGGUUUCAGUGGAGAUUAUAAUGAAUACUUCGGUCUAAAUGUGGACACGGAUGCCCUGAAUUAUUUAGCUUUAGCCAAUCACAUGCUGCAUAAUAUUAACAAUGAAUGUGUGACCAUAGCAGAGGACGUUUCUGGCAUGCCUUCACUUUGUCGUCCCAUUGCUGAGGGUGGCAUAGGCUUUGACUUCCGUUUGGGCAUGGCAAUACCUGACAAAUGGAUUGAAUUACUAAAAGAAUUCCAAGAUGAUCAAUGGAAAAUGGGUGAUAUUGUUCAUGCUCUCACCAAUCGGCGAUGGAAAGAAAACACUGUGGCCUAUGCCGAAUCCCACGAUCAGGCAUUGGUGGGCGACAAAACCAUAGCCUUUUGGCUAAUGGACAAAGAGAUGUACACGCACAUGUCCACUAUGUCAGAUCCCAGUCUAAUUAUUGAUCGUGGUCUGGCCUUGCAUAAAAUGAUACGGCUGAUUACACAUGCUUUGGGCGGAGAGGCUUAUCUAAACUUUAUGGGCAAUGAAUUUGGUCAUCCCGAAUGGUUGGAUUUUCCACGGGCAGGCAACAAUGAUUCAUACCACUAUGCUCGCCGACAAUGGAAUUUGGUCGAUGAUAAUUUAUUAAAAUAUAAAUUUCUCAAUGAAUUCGAUAAGGCCAUGAAUGAGCUGGAAGAACGUGUUGGUUGGUUACAUGCACAUCCAGCCUAUGUUAGCUGGAAGCACGAGGGUGACAAAAUUAUAGCCUUUGAAAGAGGUGGCUUGGUAUUUGUUUUCAAUUUUCAUCCCACACAAAGUUUCACCGGCUAUCGCGUUGGCACUAAUUGGGCUGGCACCUAUAAGAUUGUUCUUUCCUCGGACGAUGAACAAUUUGGCGGCUUCAAUCGGCUUGACAAGAACUGUAAACACGUUACCAGAAACGAACACUAUGGUGGAAGGGAAAAUUUCUUCGAAGUAUAUACUCCAGCGCGUACUGCAGUAGUAUAUGAACAUAUUAGUGAUUAAGAGGAAUUGUGCAAAAAAAAACAUCAGCCCUAUUCCAAUGGAAGUGAUAUGAGCAAUUUUGUUUUUGAAACUGUUAUAUUUGGUAUAUAAAUGAAAAUAUACAUGUAUUUUUAUAAACUA